UUGGUAUUUAUGUGUGGUUAAAUCUCCAUGUUGUCGGUGUCCGUGUGGGCUUCCGGCUUUGCACUAUGUGAAACUAGAUUAUGGGAUGGACAGAAUGGGAUGUAGAGUUUUCCCAGCCCCGACCACGACGAGAGCGCAUCGCAUAUUUGUGGGCUCGGAUGCAGCUGCAUCCUGUAAAAAGCCCUGCUUCAGCACAGUCAGUCAGAGCCGCCAAAGGAUGCUGGAGGAUGCAGCCUGAGGAUCCAGCCCCGACAGUCCGAGCCGUGCGACAUUUCUGCAAAAACAAGUCACUGAAAUGCAAGAAAAACUGAGACGCGCACGAAAUGUAUAAAGAGAGAAAAAAAACUGACAGGUGUUCGCGAUUGCCUCGUUUUUCAACUUAACACCGGAGCCGGGUGUGGGAGCCGUGGCAUCGGGACAGAUGCAGAGCUACGCCGGCUUUAGAAGUUGAACAGCCCAAAAAUUAGAAUGAUGACUCUUGACUUUGGACAAGAUUUCCAGCGCAGUGCAGACGGCGUGCAGCUUUCCACCAAACAAAAGGUAGACUUGUCAUCUUAUGCAGAUUGUGUGCAUUUGGAGGGUUUGAUCUGAUCAACAUGUGGCACUUUCAUUAUAAGCACCUUCCGAGACAUGGAUGAGAAUUGAUUUCUGGAGAACCUAUGGGUGCUACUUAUUGUUCACAGUAAUGAAAUGAAGACACUCUCUUGAUAUAAUGGAUGAUAGAUCCAGUAAGCUCAUCUUGGUUCCUAUUUUAGCUGUUCUUUUUGUUAUGAUAGGUUAUCAGUAUAUAUGCCCCGCUGGCAGCAAUUCAUGCCACUUUAAGACUGGGGAGAAAUUAAGGGGGGUAAGCCUACUUUCCACCCCAUACCAGGACAACGAUGAUUUUUACAGAGAUCAGGACCUGGAGGAUGACAGCCCUCCGAAACUACCGUCCAAAUUCAACUUCACAGAGAGAGAUCUUGACAGACAUGUGGAGUUCAAUAUGAAAGGGGACGACGUGAUAGUGUUUUUGCACAUCCAGAAGACAGGAGGAACCACUUUCGGGAGGCAUUUGGUGAGGAAUAUUCGUUUGGAGCAGCCCUGCGACUGCAAACCAGGACAGAAGAAAUGCACAUGUCACCGACCAGGGAAAGAGGAGUCCUGGCUCUUCUCCCGGUUCUCCACAGGCUGGAGCUGCGGACUGCAUGCGGACUGGACCGAGCUAACGAACUGUGUACCUGUUAUAAUGGAUAAGAAAGAGGCUCAGAGGAAUAAAAGGAACUUCUACUACAUCACCAUGCUGCGCGACCCAGUCUCCCGCUACCUGAGUGAGUGGAAGCACGUCCAGCGAGGAGCCACAUGGAAGACCGCCCUCCAUAUGUGUGACGGACGUUCGCCCACCCAGGAUGAGCUGCCCACCUGCUACAGUGGGGAUGACUGGUCUGGCGUCACUCUGACAGAGUUCAUGAACUGCGCGUCCAACCUGGCCAAUAACCGGCAGGUGCGCAUGCUCGCCGACCUGAGCCUGGUGGGCUGCUACAACCUGUCCUCUAUGAAUGAAAGCCAGCGCAACCACAUCCUUCUGAGCAGCGCCAUGAGUAACCUGAAGAACAUGGCUUUCUACGGCCUGACUGAGUUCCAGCGGAAGACCCAGUACCUGUUCGAGCGGACGUUCAGCCUGCGUUUUAUCGCCGCUUUUACGCAGAUCAACAGCACGCGCGCGGCUAAUGUGGACCUGAGCGAGCCCGUGCGCAGACGCAUUGAAGAGCUCAACUUCCUGGACGUGCAGUUGUACGAGUAUGCAAAAGACCUGUUCCUCCAGCGGUUCCAGUUCACCCGUCAGAGGGAACACCAGGAGGUGCGCUUGAAGAGGCGUGAGGAGAGGCGUUGGCUCCGGGAGCAAAGAGAGCAGAGCUGGCCUUGGCCUCCAAAACGCAGAGCAGGUGGAAACAGAGGAGGAAGGGGCUUUGACAAGGGGACUGAAGCUGACUUUCCCACUACCACGGAGGACUACACAAGCCAAGUGGCCCGUUGGUGAGGUCUGAAAAGAGAGCAGAUAAGAGAGAGAUGCCGAUGGAAAACCCUUACAGACUAGUUUAAACCUUUACUUUGACUCUCUCUCUCACAGAUGUCUCUCUUUGUGUCUCACCAUUAAUCUGUCCCCUGCAUCUAUCUGUUUGUCAGCUUCAGUGUGAUCAGAGUGCUCUGCUUUUUCUUUAUGGUCAUGAAAACUGCCAAGUCUGUGACUCCUCUCACAGCAGCUCUGCCUUGGAGUGCCCUUUGGUGUCUUAAAUCUUUAAAAAGCUGUUUGUAUAUUUUUGUCAGUUAAUUUCUGCCUCGGUUCUCCAUCAUGUGUUGAAAAUACAAUUGAGAUGAAAAAAAAAGGGAAAGAAAAAAAAAAACAUCAAAAGAAGCUGCCAUAGACUGCAUUAAUAUUAAUUUUCACAUUCACUGCGAAAUUGAUGAAUGUCAGUCAUUGUCUUUACUGGUAGAAAACAUAUUCCACUUGAAAAAUGUAGUUGUAGAAGAACUGAUGGUUGCAUGUCAUAUGUUCACAUUAUUUUAACAACUUGGGAGGAUGAGGUCCAAAAGAUAGAGUGUAAGCCAAAGUAACUGAAGAUCACAAUGUAUCUAUUUAUUUGAAGACAAUGAAAUCCUCUUUAAAGACAAAAAUGAAUGCAUGCAGCAUCUAUUUUUAAAACCAACUGUUAUAUUUUCAUUAAAGUCAUUAUAUUAUUUCUCAAGUGCAGAAGAUUGUCCCAAAGACUGCAUAUUGUGUACACGCAAAACCAGUUACGCAGUUACAAAAAUAGGUAUCCUUCAUAACUAACUUGUUCUUCUUUAUACAGUCCAUGGUCCUCCCCAUGCUUUUGGUAAAACAUUAUGUUCUCUAAGAAAUGUUAACAGAUGCUGAAGCUCUCUGAGAUAACAAAACAUACAUUGGGUGUUAUUCAUUUUUCAAGAAAUGGGAUGCAGAGAUAAAGUUGGUAAAUAGUGCCGUUGAUGAAAUGUGUCAGUGUGGCUGGUGUGUGGCUUGACUGUGAAUGAGAUGAUCAGCAUUCAGUUCUCAUGCCCCUCCCCGUCACAGUAGCUGCUUUUACAUGUUUGUAGAGCUGACGGCAACUGCACUGUGGGUUGUGAGAGAUCUCUAAUGCCACCAGAGUGCCACUGGACAAAGACAAGCUUCAAAGUACAAAAAAAAACAUGCCUGUCACUUCAUCUGCCCAAUAGUUUCCAGUUGCUCAAAUCCAACUAGUCUGGCAAUAGAUGAAAAUUAAAGAGGGUUGGCUUUAUCUGGUUAAAUAGGCUUCUGUGGAUGUGAUGCUUUUAUGUUUUGUUAUCUCACAUUCACUGAAAAUCCUUUAUCAAAGUAAAUGUUCACUAAAUGUCAACGUUCAAAUCAUGGGGCUGCUGCUGUUUUAACAUUUAUUUCUUAUGAGUUGUCUUAUAAAAUACCUCAGAUCACACCAUUUGUUUGUUUUUUACUUUUUUUUUUUUUUUUUUUUUUUUUUACAACCAUGCAUCUUUUUUUAUUUUGCUGUUUGGUGCACACAGAGUGAAUGUGUUGAACACAGAAUGCAUGUUUUUGAGCUGUAGGAGUUGUUUGGUGCCCUCUGUAUGGAUGCUGUUAUUCAGUAUGUGUGGACGGGGGAGAACAAAGGUGUACAGCACACUGAUAGCACUUGAUCAAAUGAUUCAAUAACAUCCAGCAGCAGCUCUGAAUAUUAAAUCAGUCUGUGUAUAAUUUAUAACUAAAUUCAUGUAGUCAUGCCAUUUGUGAUGGAGCAGCAAAAUAGGUUGUUGAGAAAAUUAAAUUUCAUGUCAAAUAAUCAAUUUGACUUGAAAUUUCACAUCUGACUGUCGCGCUGUUGUGUACAUUUACAAUGAUGUUGUGCACACCCCUUGGUAUCGGUGUGAAUUCUUAUCUUUGGAUCUGUGCAUUAAAUGCGCUGGUAAAACGUAUAGUAAGUAAACAUUUACCCAAGUACUGUACUAUACAAGUGCGAUUUAAGAUACAUUAUUUCCAUUUAUUUCACAGUUAUUAAUUGCACGUUUUAAAUGCAAAGUUAAAAGCUGCUGAUAUGUAAAUGUAUAUAUUGAUACAUAUAUAUACAUUCAUACACAUUUUUAAAUGAUUUUUCUCCUGUGUAAGAAUGAGGAGUUAAUAAAAAUUAAAAUUACUUUCAACAGUGAAAUUAAUUUCAUUUCCAUUUGGAUCUAAAUACAUGUUCCACAGAUGCAGUGUGCUUCAUCUAUAGCUUCUACAGUGAUUAAGUUAUUUGUUGAGGCCACUGAAAAAUUUCUGUUAAAAAUGUCAAUGGCACAAAAUGACAGUUACUUGGAAAAUUUGUUUGAAUAAACUGAAAUCUUGUAGUGCUGUGUGACAAGCAGCAGGAAUUAUAAUGUUCCUGGUGACAGAUGACAUGAGCUCUGCUUGAGAUGAUGUACUGCAUAGCUAUUAGUUAGGCACUAAUGAAACUUUUAAGUGUAUAUAUGUCAUAUAUAAGUGCAGCAUAUGAAUACUCUAUAUGUAUACUGUGUUUCAUUAGUGUCCUCUAAUAGCCACAUGGUACAUCCAUAGCUCGUAUCUGUGUGUACAUUAUGUUUAUUACCUUGACAUAAUCACAGAAUUGAGCCCGUUAAGGAAGUUAAAGGUUCAGUUCCAACUCCCAUUUUGCACACUUUUUUUGUCGUUUGAUUACUGUAUGUCAGCCUCUGUUUAUUCCUGUUUUCAGUACCGAAAAUAAUAUGUCUGCAAAAAGAAUCAUGAUUCCUAUUUCUGUCAUUUCUAUUUUUUAUCCUCAACAAAUGCCCACCAAAUUUGAAUCAGAAAAGUGAAAACUCUUGGAUGACGGUGUAAAUAAACUAAAGAAUAAGAGCCAAUAAAGAUUUUCACGACAAAUUAUACUGCCAUUCCCAGAAUUGUGUGACAUACUACUUUACUGAACUUGUACUGCCACGCUUUGAAAGUGCAUAUCUCUGAGAAACUGACUUACCUGUACUUAUGUUUAUUUCUGACAUUUUAAUUGUUGCUGAUGGCUUUGCCUGACACCUCUGCGAACACCUCAGUGGUAAUGAAAGAGAGUUUCUUUAUGUAAGAAUUUCUAUGUACAUGUUAAAAGUCUUGUGAUGAAAUGAACAGUCUAAAAGCCUUUUGGCGUGUAAUAUUUAAUCUGCCAUUUUAUUGUAAGACCUGAAAAAAUGAGUGCAUUCUGCUUUAAGGUAUCAGAAAUAAAUGCUUUGAAUGGCCAUGACUUAA